UGGACGGGCGCAGGCGCCCUGCUGCAAGAAAGGUAUCGCGCUUCCGUUAGCAUUGAGAGCUAGCGGGCAGGUCUGGUUGGGGAAGAGGCUGUGCAGGAAGGAGACCUGCGCAGCCAGACAGAUAUUGGUGACUUCAGAUAUCCCCAGUUAAUCCUUGAGCUAACAAUUAUCCCUCCAUGCUGACCAGGAAAGGGAGAUAACGUUAAUAGCUUGGCACUGCCUCCGUCUAAAUUAGCAACCGACCAAGCCAGUUAAGGGGAGUCCGCGUUUUGCUUUCAGGGGCUUCUCUCUCUUUUUUUCGUUUUUGGCAGUUUUCUUUUUAGGGCAUAAACAGCACCAACUGCAGCCUCACCUUCCGGUCUCUAACUAUGAGGUUGCCGAGUAGCAAACAUUUUGGGACUGAAGGAGAUGGAAAGAAAAUGGACCAACCUCCUCCGUUCAGAAACCCUUUUGUGCACGUCUUGAAAUUCACUCCACUGGAAAAGGCAAAGAUUGGAUUAAUGACGGUGACGCUAUUCCCUAUCCGUCUGCUCAUAGCAGCAUUUAUGAUGCUACUGGCUUGGCCUUUUGCCUUCCUUGCUUCAGUGGGGCGCUCUGAGACCACUGUUGAACCCCAGUGCCUCUGGAGAAGACUGGUGGACAUCAUCCUAAGAGUGAUCAUGCGGAUCAUGUGGUUUGCGGGAGGCUUUCACUGGAUAACUGUGAAAGGGCAAAGAGCUCUGCCUACAGAAGCGCCCAUUAUCACCCUGGCACCCCACUCCUCUUACUUUGAUGCCAUCCCCGUCACAAUGACAAUGUCCUCGAUAGUCAUGAAGGCUGAGAGCAAGGAUAUACCCGUUUGGGGAACAUUGAUAAAAUACAUUCGGCCGGUGUUUGUAUCCCGAUCAGACCAGAACUCAAGAAAGAAGACAGUGGAGGAGAUCAAGCGGAGAGCUCAUUAUGGAGGAGAUUGGCCUCAAGUCAUGAUUUUUCCAGAAGGCACCUGCACCAAUAGAUCCUGCCUCAUUACCUUUAAGCCAGGGGCUUUUAUCCCUGGUGUUCCAGUACAGCCUGUUGUGAUUCGCUACCCCAAUAAACUGGACACAAUCACAUGGACGUGGCAAGGACCAGGAGCUUUUAAAAUCUUGUGGCUGACUCUUUGCCAGUUACACAAUGAAUUUGUGAUAGAGUUCCUUCCCAUUUACACCCCUUCGGAGGAGGAGAAAAGGAAUCCUGCUCUCUUUGCAGUCAAUGUGAGACGAGUCAUGGCCAAAGCCCUUGGGGUACCUAUCACAGAUUAUUCAUUUGAAGAUUGCCAGCUGGCGAUGGCAGAGGGCCAGCUGAGGCUGCCGGUCGACACCUGUCUGUUGGAGUUUGCCAAGCUUGUCAGGAGACUGGGGCUGAAACCCCAGAACACUGAGAAGGUUUUGCAGGAAUACGGGAACAGAGCCAGAAAGCUGGAAGGGCAGAAACUUGCCUUGGAAGAUUUUGCUCACUUCCUUGAUGUCCCAGUUUCAGAUAUGCUGCGUGACAUGUUUUCUCUUUUUGAUGAGCAUGAAGAUAACAGCAUGGAUAUUAGAGAGUAUGUGAUAGCCUUAUCCGUUGUAUGCAGACCUUCCAAAACUCUGGAAACGAUGAAAUUGGCUUUUAAGAUGUUUGAGGCAGAAGAAGACAGUGCCAUCACAGAGAGCGAGCUGGCAGUUGUGCUGAAGACGGCUUUAGGAGUGACUCACCUCAACGUGUCCCGUCUGUUUACGGCCAUCGAUGUCGAUGACACGGGGAAGAUUACAUUUGAUAAGUUCCGAGGUUUUGUGGAGGAGAACCCAGACUUUGCUGAUGACUAUCUUCACACUGAAAGUGUAGGUCCUCAGAGUGGACCUUGUCAGGAACACCACACUCAGACCAACCCAUCGACUAUAAACCUGCAAGGCACUGCCAACAGCAAAACAGCCAAUGGUAUCUGUCCUGACUUUAGCCCUAAAGACCAUGACAGCUCAGUAGAUGCACUCAUAAAGAAACACAACUGAUAGAGUAGAGGGAGCAGGGCCUCUCCUGGUGAGAGGAAAUUCUGUAAGGGGCAAUAUUAGUUACCUUGUAACUUUUCCACAUAGUAAGAGACAGCAUUUCAUUAAACAAAUUUAAAAUGAAGUUUACCCUUUCUUAUUGGUGUUGUAUCCAUGAGGUUAUUUUCAUUUCAGCCUGUAAACAACCUUUUUUUUCCCCAUAGGAAGAAUUGUCGUAAUGCCAAAUACUGGCAUUUUUUGGGAUACAAUGCUUAAAUACUUGAAGGGCAAGCACUUAUUAGGAUUCUUGGGGUCAAUUUUAAUUUAUUUUUACCUGUCCUCCCCUGCCACUGCAUGUUUUUUUAACACAAAUUUACCGAGACGCAAACAAUCUCUGAAUUGUAAAGAGAACACAACUUUUUGUGAAAUCUAUUUUUUGUUUUGUUCUUGUUAUGUUUUAUCCAUUUCCUUUCUUUAAUGGUAGCUGCCUUUUGAACUUUUAAAUGAAAAUGCAGAAUAAAUGGGCUCAUGUUAUUUCCGUGAAGAAGGAAGGCCCGGGGGAACCGGUGAGGAAUGGCUGGAAGCACGAAGCUUCAGCAGCCGUAUUUGAGGUUACCUCGGGUCUCUGAACGUCGACAAUUAUAACUGCUGUGAGUGUGUGCGCGCGUGUGUAUGAAUGUGUGUUUGUAAACACAGUGAUAUGAUGUAGCUCAGGGUUCAGUGACAAAAAUGGAAAAAUUAACAAUGAUGUCAUGGUUUUUGACUAUUUUUAGGUUACAUGCAUGGUAACUGAUCUCUUGUCCUUGUCGCUUCACAGUUUCACACCGUUUUGGUUAUUUCAGUGUUUUGUUUCAUUUGAUAAUGUACAACUUGGACCAAAAUGCAUUAGGUGAAAAAAAAUUAAACAUCUUUUUUUGUGUUUUUGUUUGCCUUUCAUGUAGGCAUGGGCCGGUAUGAGACUCUCAAAAUAUACCAAAGCAACCACUCUUUCACUGUAUCACCAUAUUGAAAUGUUAAAAAGAACAAAAAAAUGAACUCAUCAAAUAGUUUUUUUGUUUGUCUUGAAAGCAUUUUGAGGAGAGGUAGCACUGUAUUACUCUCCCUUUGAAUGCUAAGAUUUUUUUUUUUUUUUCUCAUUCCAAACCCAUUAUAUUUUAAGCAUUGGUAUAUCUUGAUUCUCGUGACCAGCAUAUGCCUACCCAGUCUUGUAACCGGUUAAAAGGGAUCAAAUUAUGGCAUGCGACCAGUGAAAGCAAACAAUCACCAGAAUUUUUGGUACUUUCUUCUCAGUGUUACAUUGUUAAAAGAAAACAUUGGAGCCACUUACUGAACAUUUUUCUGAGUUCAUUUAUUAUCUAACGGAUCAUAUUGUACUUUUUUUAUUAUUUUUUUAUUUCCAGUUAAUAUUGAAAUAUUUAACCUUCCAGAAUAUCCACCAUGUUUCAGAUCUUCACCAAAGGAAAUAUUUUCAUUAUGCAGUAAGGUGGAUCCGAGAAUUUGUACCUGUCGCACAAUAAAGAAGAGCCCACCUCUGUUGGCUUUUAAACCUCAUUCUGAAAGUUUACUUGUAGGUUGAGCAAACUGUCGCGCUAAAAUGCGUCGGUGAGCAGGGUUUAGUUUGAGGGACUCUGUACUCUUUUGAUUUCUGUACAUGUAUGAAAUAUAUUCAGAAUUAACCAGAACUAAAGAGGAGCUACUUUUAAAAUUCAAACGAAAAGAAAGAAGAUUUCAGAUCUUUUUUUUUUUUUUUUUUUGCAUCACAAGUUUUUAAGGAUCAUGAUCUCUAAGAUAAGGCAGUCAUUUUUGUAGGGGUGCACUGAUUGCAGUGUUUUGGCCGCUUGCCAAACUUUAAAAAGCCUGGCCUGCAGAAUCCAAUUUUGAUUGAUACCAAUUUUUCGUCAGAAACGUUGCUAAAUAUAGCAAGAAAGCCGCUGAGUUGGAGACAUUGCAUACAUGUCUGUCAGUCAAACCGAUCUCACUGCAGAGCAGAAGAGGGCAGUGGCUGAAUUUUAGACCUUUGAUGAAGUUGAUUGAAAUUGGUGUGGAUAAGAUCGGCUUCACAUGAAAGUAUCACGAUCACCAAUCUCUCAAAAUUGAGGAAGUCUGCACCUAUAAAUUAGCUGGCCAAUAAAUCAGUGCACCCCUUCGUUUUUGCAUUGUUUUUAGAUUUAAAAUCUAUAUAUUGGUUUAAUGAAGGUUUGUCUUAGUAAUAUUAGCAAAUGUUUGAAUUUCAAUUAUGCUGGUAUUUUAUUAAAAAAAUGUUAAAUAUACACAGCUGCCACCUAAAUUUUUUAUCAAACUUUACCUCCUUCAGAUUAUGCCAGUGAUGAUCACUUUUUAGUAAUUUUCUGACAUAUUUGGUUUUCUUUGUUCUACAGAAACAUUCAGUAUAACAACUUGCAUAUCUACUUCUCUUAAACUUUACAUUCUGCCAAUCAUCUGAAGGAUCAUAUUUAAAGGGAAUACCUCCCCUGAGAGAAUCAAGUGAUUCACAUUGCUGUCUGUAUUCACCAUCAUUUCCAAAACUCUAAAUUUGUCACAUUUCCAUUUUAUCCGUGACCUUGUAUCCUUUAUAUAUCCUCCUCUACGACUUUGAGUAAAGCAAUAUUCCUCAUAUGUUUAGCCUUCUCCAGAUGAAUGCUUUUUAAAAGUUCUAAUAUGUAUUUUGAAUAUUCCAGAUGCGGGACAUUUUGUGAAUUUUUGAUAUACGUAUAUGAAUGAUUAUUAUUCUUUUCACUGCCAUGACAAAGAUCUGUGAUCUUCUCUGCUCUGCAGUUUGUAUUGAUCAUGACAAAUGAGCCACAUUUUUUUGUUCUCCUUUUUUUUUAAUAAUCUUAGUUAUUUUGUGCUUUAUUGCUCCUACACAGUGUAAAAUUUUAUUGCUAUAUUAUUACUGGUGUCGCCGAGUCGACUGCUUAGGAACAAAAUGCAGAUUUCAUAUGGAAACCUAUAGCCUUGAUAGCCUCUACAGAACUUUUAUGCUAAAAAGAGAAUGUACAGACAAUCUUGUCACAAUCAGAAACUCUCUAUAGUGCUGAUCUCCAGUGGACAUUUUCCUAAGACGUCAUGGUUUUCCAGAAUUUAUUUUUAGUUCUUUUUUGUUUGUUUUGUUUUGUUGUUUUGUUUGAGAUGUGCAGGUUGAACUAAGUGCGAGUGCAUUGAGUGGUAGAGCCCUGAGGUGAUGCGCCACCACAUGACGGGCCGGCGUCACACAAACACUCCAGACUGCACAUGCAUACAAAACCAUCAUUUCCUAUGAUUUAUGACAAUCUUAAAGCAUUGUCCUGCUGUUACUUUUUUUCAAAAUUGUAUGAGUUUGUGCUUGCACGUUACAGUGCUUUUAUUUUUGUAAACAUAAGGUCAGAAAGCUCGGAAGCGCAGUAGGGUCAUAGUCUUCAGUAUUUCAAUUCACUGUUAACUUCUUUCCUUUGUAAAGGGAGCGCAGAUAAAAUUGAGGAUUGUAUUUAGAUCAUUUUAAGUUCUUUCCUUAGCUCAUCCUACUGUUCUUUGUCAGGAUUGUGGAAAUUAGUUGCCUAAAGUAAUUAUGUAAACUCAUAGGAGUUGGCAGUCAGAAAAAAGAUUUGAAGGACUUGAUUAUGUUUACACCAUUAAAAGUUUCCUUAAAUAAUGCAAUUCAAAAGAACUCUGCUGUCAAUACAGAGGCUGCAUUUAAGGAAGAUGUUAUUGUCACUGAAAUUCAUUAAAACAGAGCAAAUUCUCAAAGUUUUGUCCCAGAAUGAAUAUGCUGUUUUUAAACAUAAUAUAUGAUUAUACAUCCUCGGAUAUUCAAAACAAAAACUUUUUUUUUUUUACUAUUUAAAAAGAGCAAUAUGUUGGGGGUUAAAUUAAUAUACAUUUGUUUUCAUUUAGUUUUCCUUGUUAUAAAUACCUCUGUAGAGAUUUAUCUUUUUUUUUUCAAACAUGAAAUCUUCAUGUGAGGAAAAUGUAAAACCUGAAAGAGACAAACUUGUAUUUAUGCUAUUGCUGCCUGUCACAGUUUGUUCUGCAGCGAGCCUAAGACGAAAGACUGGUGUACUCUUACAGAGUGAUAUUGUCUUUCUGAUGGCUUAUUGUACGUCAAUCACCUGAAAUAUUUUGAUUUUUUUUUCUUCGUCUAGUUUUAUUUCCAGUCUUUUUCUAUAUCAAACAAGUUUUAUUUUAUUACUGCAUUUUGAUGCUAAAGAGACAUUACAAAAAAAGCUAUUUUGAAUCUGUUCAUGAUGGCUAUUAUGUAACUUGUUAAUGUGACUCUUGGAUGAAAUUAAAGACAAAGUGUUAAUAUGCA